AUGUGCGCAAGCGAGACGGUGGAGUCCAGCACAGGAAACGGUCUGAGCAAACCGGAGACGGAGUGCGUGUGCAGUGCAGAAGGUGGUUUUGCCACAGUGUGGGAAGGAGUCGGAGCCCGUUUUGGUUCAUCCGGGAACUUGUGCGAUACCAACCGGGCGGGGUGGUUGGGCGCUGCUAUCUGCGCUCGCGAGACGGAAGAAUCCGAGACAGCAAGCGGGCUGAACGAAUCGGAGACGGACUACUUGUGCAGCGCAGAAGGUGGUUUGCGGCAGGUGCGACUGCUGAACGCGUAA